UCAGUCUGCCUGGGCUGCUGCCCGCGACGCCACGCCGCUGCGCGCCCGGCACGGAGGACCCGCCCGGGAUGGAGGCUCCGCGCUCCUUCAACGAGUCGCUGCUGUGCGGCCGGACCGGGAACGGCUCGGCCGGCGGCGUCUGGAACGGGACCGGCGGAGGCUGCGACGCUUCGCCGAGACCCCCGCGCGGAGCCCGAGCAGACCUGGACGUGACCGUGCGGAUCUUUCUCUACUCGGUGAUCUUCUUGCUCAGCGUCUUCGGCAACGUGCUGGUGAUCUGGGUGCUGGUGGCCAACAAGCGCCUGCGCACGGUCACCAACUCCUUCCUGCUCUCGCUGGCGGUCAGCGACCUCAUGGUGGCCGUCUUCUGCCUGCCCUUCAGCUUCAUCCCCAGCCUGAUGGGCACCUUCGUCUUUGGCAAGGUCGUCUGCAAGGCCGUCUCCUACCUCAUGGGGAUGGCGGUCAGCGUCUCCACCUUCAGCCUCGUCGCCAUCGCCAUCGAGCGCUACAACGCCAUCUGCAACCCGCUCCAGUCGCGCGUCUGGCAGACCCGCUCCCACGCCUACCGCGUCAUCGCCGCCACCUGGCUGAUCUCGGCUCUCCUGAUGCUGCCCUACCCCAUCUACACCACCACGCAGCCCGGAGAGCCCAACAUCACCCAGUGCACCCACAAGUGGCCCGGGAGCAACGUCAAGCAGGCCUGGUCCGUCCUGCUGCUGGUCACUCUCUUCCUGAUUCCAGGACUGGUGAUGAUCGUGGCCUAUGGACUGAUCUCCCGGGAGCUCUACAGGGGCAUUCAGUUUGAGAUGGACCUCACCCGGCAGGCCAAAGCCCAGCAGAACGGGGGAUCUGCGGAGCCCCUCCCGCCCUGCGCGGAGGAGGGCGACGGCUGCUACGUCCAGGUGUCCCGGCCGGCGGGGGGCGCGGUGGAGCUGUCGGUCCUGACCCCCGAGGACGGGGCCCAGCAGGAGGCGGCUCGCGUCAACACCUCCCGGGCGAAGCUGCUGGCCAAGCAGCGGGUGGUGCGCAUGCUGGUGGCCAUUGUGGUGCUCUUCUUCGUCUGCUGGCUGCCCCUCUACGCCGUCAACACCUGGCGGGCCUUUGACCCCCAAGCCGCCCACCAUGCCCUCUCGGGGACCCCCAUCUCCUUCAUCCAGCUGCUCUGCUUCGCCUCCGCCUGCGUCAACCCCUUCGUCUACUGCUUCAUGAACAAGCGCUUUCGCAAGGCCUUCGCUGCCACCUGCUCCUGCGGCCGGGCGACCCCUUGCUCCCGGAGGCGCCCCCAGCCCCCCGAGGACGAGCUCACGGCCACGGGGGCCUCCCUCUCCAAGUUCAGCUACACCACCGUCAGCAGCGUCGGGCCCCCUUGACCCUGCUGGACAGCUCCGGGGGGGGGGCUGCCCCACAUCCCGAGACCCUCCCCUCCCACUCCCUCGCACGCCCUCCCCCAGGAGGCUUCACCGCCC